AUGGCGCCUCUCGCCCACAAGGUUGCUAUAAUCACAGGCGCAUGUGGCGGCUUGGGACGUACUAUCGCAGAGCGAUUCCUUGAAGACGGCGCCAAUGUCGUUGUCUGCGACAUAAACGACGACCUGAUAGCCGACUUCAGAGAGAAGCUGUCUCCUGCAUACCCAGAAUGCACACUUGUCCUCAAAGCCGACAUCACCGAGGAAACAGCCCUUGACGAGCUUUUUGACCAAGCGGAGGGGAUGUUUGGCCACGUCGACUAUGUCAUCAACAAUGCUGGCAUUAUGGAUCGCUUUGACCCAGCGGGGACGACAGAGAAGGCGAUGUGGGAUCGCGUGAUUGCCAUCAACCUGACAGCGCCUGCAAUGGUGACCAAAAGGGCUGUCAACAUGAUGGUGAAGCACAAUACCAAAGGCGCAAUCGUCAAUAUCGCAUCCGUGGCCGGCUUCAGAGGGUUUGCAGCCGGUGCUGCAUACACAGCAAGCAAACACGGCCUCGUAGGGCUGACGAAGAACACCGCUGCGUUCUACAAGACGCAAGGUAUUCGUUGCAAUGCCAUACUGGCCGACGGUAUGCAGACUAAUAUCGGCUCCGCGCUUGCCAAUGGCAUGUGCCAGGAAGGUUUCAAUCUCGCCGUUGGAGGCCAAGCCCCGGAGGACACCGUGAGCGUGGAAACGUCGAAGGUUGCGAAGUUGGUCUCGUAUUUGUGUUCUCAAGAUGGCGAGAUCAUGAAUGGUGCGCUGGUUACCGCUGAUGCUGGGUGGACAGCCACUUGA